GAUGACAACGACAUGGUGUAUUGUAUAGGGCGCUGCUAAACCCACGUGCGACAUGCCAAGUACCAGCGGUGUUCGAUCUGAUCUGCUGGCUUGGGAAUGACUCCUUGGACCGUAUAUAACAUCUCCAGUAAAUGGCAGAUCCCAGACCAUGUCUGCCAACAGGAUGAGUCUCCUUCAAGCCCUCAAGUCAAGCUUUCAGAAAUCGAGUCUCACUGUGUGCGCCUUUCUUAAUUUUCGAUGGAGAAAGCUCUCCUCGUGUUGUAUAAAUUGUACAAGCACCAACCUUCGAACUGCUCUGUCAACGUUCAAGAAAGGUAAACAUGGAGAAGACGGGGUAAUCUCGUGUGUUGUUACUGAGCGCAGUGCCUCGAGCCUCUCUGCCAAUGGACAUCUACCACAGACAAAGCCGACCCAGGUUUGGAGGCCAAAAUGUAGCACGCCGCUUCCGUCGUUGUAGCUUGGAGGUGG